CUCAUCAUCGAAAAACAUCCUAAAGUCCAAUCUGAUCUAACUUACACUCUCCUCCACCAUGCCAUCUCUAGCCCUGCUCAAAAGCGCAUGGACGCAAUGGUACCCGCCCGCACCAACCUUCACCGAGAAAGACGUAGGAGACCAACGCGGCCGCAUCUUUCUCAUUACCGGGGCAAACUCAGGCAUCGGCUACGAGCUCGCAAAGAUGCUCUACCCCAGCGGCGCCACGAUCUACAUGGCCGGACGCUCCGAAGAGCUGAUGCUUGAAGCGAUCUCAUCCAUCCAGCAAAGCUUUCAACCAGCGCCAUCGACACCGUCAGCGCUCAAGUUCCUGUAUGUGGAUCUGGCAGAUCUUCCCAGCGUGAAGCGUGCCGCGGAGGAUUUUGGCAGAAAGGAAGAGAAAUUGCAUGUCCUAUGGAACAACGCUGGGAUUGGUGGUGGGUAUGUUGGUUCGACGACGGCGCAGGGGAUUGAGGUCAAUGUUGGGACGAAUUGUGUGGCGCCGCUUCUUCUUACGCAGCUUCUGCUACCGCAAUUGCGGAAGGCGGCGGAGGGCGCGUCGGAGGGUAGUGUGCGGGUUGUGUGGACCAGUUCCGCGGCGGCGGAUACGCAUUCCGUAACCGGUGGCGUGGAUUUCCAAGCUAUCGAAGCCGGGAAGACGACGGACCCCAUGACUGACUACGCGGUCAGCAAAGUCGGAAACUGGUUCCUGUCGCACUGUGCCGCUCAAGAAUGGGCGUCCGACAAUAUUGCCUCGGUGGUGCAGAACCCGGGGAAUCUGAACACGCACGCAUAUCGGUAUCAGCCGGCGGCGUUGAUGAGGGUGCUGAGGCCGCUGGCUCUGUAUGAGCCGAGGUAUGGGGCGUAUACGAUGCUGUAUUCAGGGCUGAGUGGGGAGGUGGAGAAUGGGGGUUUUGUCUGGCCGUGGGGCAGACGGGCGAGGAGCGUGAGGGCAGAUAUCCAUGAGGCGAUUGAGAAGGGGGCAGCGCAGAGGUUUUGGAAGUGGUGUGAAGAGAAGGCAAGGCCGUAUGCCUGAGUGACGGAAAUUGACCGAAGCAAGUGUUUCGAGAGUUGAGCACGAAUGAAGAGAUAACCGUGGAUGAGAGCACACCUAAAGCUCACCUAGACGCACGCGAAGUC